AUGCCGGAAAAGGAUUUGCCGCCGGACCAUUUGCGGUGCAAGAGGACCGACGGCCGUCAAUGGCGGUGCAGCCGGAGAGCGUUGGACGGGUUAACUCUAUGUGAAAUUCACCAUCUUCAAGGCCGUCACCGCCAGAAGAAACAGAAGGUGCCUGACUCGCUUAAAAUCGAGAGAAGUUAUUCGAAGAAGGGGAAGAAUGGUGACAAAGGGGGUGUUUCGAAGUUGAAGAAAAUGCAACUUUCGGUGGAGAAGAGAAAGCGGUGCCAAUCGGAGGCGUUGGAUGAGGCUUUGAAGCGGAUGAAAUUGAGAAAAGGGGACUUGCAGUUGGAACUGAUCAGAGUGUUCUUGAAGAGGAAAGUGGAGAAGAAGAAGGAGAGAGCGUUGAAGGACACUGCAAUUGGUGAAACGAUGAAAGUGUUGCCUAAUGGAGUCAUGGCUAUUUCGCAUCCGCCUUCGGAACUUAGCAAUCAAAAUGGUGGUUUGGAUGUGAAAUUAGGGGUGAAUUUGAACUUAAGCUUGUUUUCACAAAGGAAUUUCCGAUCAAAAAAUAUUGAACCACUCCCAAUUGGUACAAUGCAGGUUGUCCCAUUUGCAGGGAGUGUGAAGAAAAGGAAAAUAAAGAGAUGCCAUUGGUGUAGAGAAAGUAAUAAACAGAGUAUGAUCAAGUGUUUGUGUUGCAGGAAACGGUUCUUUUGUGCAGAUUGUGUUAAAGAGAGUAAGUCACUGGGAUCAAUACUUGUCAGACAGAGACAUGCUACUCCAGUUGAAAUAUAUUUUGAGAGGCACGAAGUGAAGGAGAAAUGUCCUGCCUGUCAUGGAACUUGCAAUUGUAUGAUCUGCAAAAAACAACAAUCUAAAGUCGUUAAAAAGGAAUGUUCUACAAGUAAAAGGAGGGUUAAUAGAAUUCACUUACUUCAUUAUCUGAUCAAUAUGCUUCUUCCAGUACUGAAACAAAUGAAUUGUGACCAGAGCACUGAGAUGGAAAUAGAAGCUCAUGUAACAGGCAAUGAAGUCCAGAUUCCACAGGCCAACUUAGGCUUCCAAAACUUACGAUGCUGCAACUGCAGAACUUCCAUUGCGGAUUACCACAGAAGCUGCACUAAGUGUUCCUAUAAUAUUUGUUUAAGUUGUUUGGAAUUAUGUCGAGGGAGCCUAUGUGGAGUUAAGCUUAAAAGUUGCAAGAAAAGGAAAACUUGUCUGUCUGAUGAUGAACUGCUGUUAAAGAUAAACAAUAACAUUUCAAGGAAAAGUUAUGGUGGGAUGUCCUCUUUGUCUCCCAUGUCAUUGCAAAAGUGGGAAGCUAAUGCAGAUGGCAGUAUUUCUUGCCCAUCCGUGGAUGUUGGGGGUUGUGGAAACAGCCUUCUUGAUCUAAGAUGCAUAUUUCCCUCAACAUGGACUCGAGAGCUGGAAGUUAGAGCUGAAAAAAUACUAUGCAGUUAUCAAUAUCCGGAGGUUACAGAUGUUUCUUUUUUCUGCUCUUUCUGCAAGGGCAUUGAUCAUAAAGCUGGUGUAGUUAAGACACUGCAAGAAGUGUCUAAUAGAAUAGAUUCUAAUGACAACUAUCUCUAUUGUCCUACUUUAAGAGGUCUUCAUCAAGAAACAAUUGAGCAUUUUCAGAAGCACUGGGGUAUGGGUCAUCCUGUUAUAGUUAAGAACGUUCUUAAGAGCACCUCAGGUUUGUGUUGGGAUCCAUUUACCAUGUUCUGCUCUUAUAUCGAGAAUAGGAGGUCCAAACCCUACAAUGGGGAUGAUGUGGAAGCAACAAAUUGCUCAGAUUGGUGUGAGGUUAGUGUCUUAAUAUCUCUAUCUCUAACAAGGCUGUACAUUUUCCAAAUUUUUAAAUCACUUAAGGCAUUUUGGAGAACUAUUAUCAACAUGUAUGUUGCAUUUAUUGCACAGCUAGGAGAAACUAACACCCUCUCAGCAACGAGUCGAUGUUUGAAACGUAUUGGUGAAAACGCCUGGUGGCAUGUAGAAAUUGAUAGGAAGCAGAUAUUCAUGGGAUCACUGGAGAAGGGAACACAUGCAAGCGUUCGGCAUAAAACGCUAAAAUUCAAAGCUUCAUUUUCUUCCAGUUUAUUUCAAAAGCAAUGUCAAGCCCACUAUAACGAGAUCUUACAUGCUUUACCACUCCCAGAAUACAUCAAUCCAGUCUCUGGCCUUCUGAACUUGGCUGUUAAGUUGCCGAAGGAAUUGCAGAAGACUGACUUAGGUCCUUGUAUCUAUAUUUCAUAUGGAGGUCCAGAGGAAUUAAUGCAGCCAGAUUUUUUGACAAAACUAUGUUAUGAAUCACAUGAUACAGUUAAUAUCCUUGCUUAUGCAACAGAUAUUCCAAUCUCCCAAGAACAGAUUGCUAAGAUUGAAAGUUUAAUGAAAAAGUACAAUACUAAAGAUCCUCAUGGGCAGUCAGCAGGCAAUUCUAGUGAUCAGAAAGGGAAGUCACCUAUACAGAGUGAAGAUACCGGUGAAUUAGGCUUGCCAUCCAUUUUUGGAGACAGGAUGCCCCUACCUAAUGGAAUCCACUCCAGCGAUUCACUCAAGGACCAUACAUUAAGUGCAGAUGAAAAUAUGUCUCUUGACAGUGACUCUGAUUCUGAGGAAUCAAUAAUUUGCUAUGGAACUAUCGAAAAAUCUGAUGACACUGAUGAGUAUUUUCUUGCCAAAGAUAUGGAAAGCUCUUGUUCUAGUGAAGAUAAGCAAGGAAAUAAUUCUUGUGGUGCUCAAUGGGAUGUUUUCCGUCGGCAAGAUGUCCCAAAACUUCUUGAGUAUCUAAAGCGACACUCUAAUGAGCUCAGCCAUACUUGCUAUUCAAAACAUGUAUGA